AUGGCUCCGGCACUCGUCUAUUUGUCUUCUGAUUACUCAAAAAUGAAUGCAAUUGACAACGUUAUUGCGAACAAUACUGAUGAUUGUGGAUGCUGCAGCGCAACGGCAAGCAACAACUGGUGGCAGAUUGACCUUGGAAAGAAAUACCUAAUUGAGGAAAUAAGGGUUUAUGGGAGGGGAUCUGCAUGCCUUUUUGGUCACUACGGAUAUGGAUGUCUACCCGAAGGACAUUGUGCUUUAGAAUACGAUACGGCCAUAGGGGCGUGCUCAUCGUGCGUACCGGGAUGGGAAGGGGAUGCAUGUAACCAUGCUUGUGCCCCCGGAGAAUAUGGACCAGGGUGUACGUCAGUCUGUGGCUUCUGUAGGGAUGGCCACAUAACGUGCAAUACGCAUAAUGGGCAUUGUCCAAACGGAUGUUCCGCUGGAUACAAAGGAGACAUUUGUACAACACCAUGUGAUCCCGGAGAGUAUGGACCAGGGUGUAUAUUAUGUGGUCAAUGUGGUGAUGGUAACACAACGUGCAACACAGACAAUGGCUAUUGUCCACAGGGGUGUGCAUCUGGAUUCAAAGGGGAUUUGUGUAAUUUACCCUGUGCUCCUGGAGAGUUUGGACUAAACUGUUCAUCAAACUGUGGCUACUGUCAUGAUGGCAACACGCCAUGCGACGCUUCCAACGGGCAUUGUCCAACCGGAUGUGCCGCUGGAUACAAAGGAGACUUCUGUAAAACCACCUGUGACCCCGGGAAUUAUGGACUGGGAUGUACAUCAAACUGUGGUCAGUGUCGUGAUGGAAAUACAACGUGCAACAUUGACAACGGUCACUGUCCGAAUGGAUGUGCUUCUGGGUUCAAAGGAGAAACAUGUCAAACCCUGGGUUCAACCCCAGGAACAAGACGAUAG